AUGGAAUCCUUUUUGCUGGUUCGACAGUGGUAUACUGAUUAUCAAAAACCUUUUCGGUUACAGGUAUAUCAGCGGCUAAUGCAGACAUUACGCCUCUCCAAUCCCAAUUGCAUUCGACGCCGACAUGGACCAGGCGCAAUGUCCGCAGUGACAUCGCUGAGUAUCGAUAAUACCGAGCAUAAUUUUAUGAUUUCCGGAGCUGCCGACUCCUCUAUCAAUUUAUGGAAUUUAUUAUCACUAAACAGCAUGGCUGAAGAGCCAUUAGACACGCUUAACACGAUUCCCGCACGGCAUGGACAUACGCACGGCAUAACCGAUUUGCAUUGGUUCCCGUUUGACAAUGGCAUGUUUACGAGCUCCUCGUUUGACCAUACCAUCAGAGUAUGGGACACACAGGCGAUGGAGCAAGCUUAUUGCUUCCAAUUAGGAGACAUUGUAUAUUCACAUGCUUGGUCGCCAAUCGCUUCGCAUUGUCUUAUUGCAGCGGCCUAUAAUUCAUCUUCUAUCCGGCUCUGCGACAUGCAAAGCGGUUCAUACACACACUCGCUGAUCGGUCAUACGGGGCGUGUCCUGGCAGUAAGUUGGUGUCCAGCUCGUGAGUAUGUUCUUGCAUCUGGAGGCACCGACGGGACGUGUAGGCUUUGGGAUGUCCGCAAAGCAUCUUCCAGUUUUGCCUCGCUUGACUCUCAAAAUAUGAAUAGUCCGCUGGAACACUCAAACCGUGCGCACAAUGGUACAAUAAACGGUCUCGAGUGGACGCCGGAUGCGGCGUAUCUUGUAUCCUCAGGCACUGAUGAUCACAUUCGUGUAUGGGACAUGGACACAGGUCAAAAUACACUGAUCCACUUUGGUCCCACAAUUCACAAUCAGCGCCAAGCCUUCGCAGUACAUCCGUGUGUCUUCCAGCCAGACUCCGAUUCAAAACCGCUCAUAUUGUUUCCCAACGAUGAUGGUACAAUUGUACUACUCGAUACGCUCACCGGUACCUCACUCUCGCGAUUGUCAACAAAUUUCUUAAAACGUGUAAACUCGGUUGUAUACCGUAAAGGAUAUGAGCAAUGCUUAUCGGGCGACAUGAAUGGAUCUAUUUUAUUAUGGGAGCCUGAAAUGUAUACACGGCCCAUAACUUCCAUCGAAGCGGAAGCUGAGGACACGAGAAAUGCUGUAAAGGAGAUUUACGAGUCCCUCAAAAAUGUCCCUAUAACCUUUCAGUGA